AUGAAUUAUCUCCUACCGCAAUUUGUCGCAGAGGAGAAAGCGGACAUCCUCCUGAUAAGCGAACAGUACACGGAUCGAGACACACCCGGCUGGGUGUCCAGCGAUGCAAGGACCGCCGCAGUCUGGGUGCCCAUGCGCGGAAUCGCAGAAUCAGGGACGGGGGAUGACUACGUACGGGUAAGGGUGGGCCGCAUCACUUACUUCAGCGUAUAUCUCUCACCGAACCUUACUGCGGCGGAUUUCGCGAUACGACUAGGGGUGCUAGAGGACGCAAUAAGAGACGUAUCCGGGGAACUCGUCAUUGGGGGCGACUUCAACGCGAGGGCCACGGAAUGGGGUAUGACGACAACGAAUUGCAGAGGCAGGGUCAUCCUCGAGAUGGCAGCUCGACUAAGCUUAGUGGUAGCAAACGAGGGAAACACCACUACCUAUCGCAGACCAGGUUUUGGGGAAUCUAUACCGGACGUAACUUUCGCAAGCGAAACGACAAUCCGCAAAAUCAGGGAUUGGCAUGUCAUGGAGGAAUAUACUGCAAGUGACCACCGGUAUAUACUUUUUGACAUCCAGGACGACCACAGAAACAGGACCAGAGAAAGAAAAAAGCAGACGCCACGGUGGAAUACCCGGCGCAUGAACCGGGACAGACUUGCUGAAGAGAUGCAAAGGGCGGAGCUCCCAUCAAUUGGGCUCCCUCAGCAACUGAGCGGACGCGAAAAAGCCGAAGCACUAAUAGAACGUACAACACGUCUCAUCACGGAGUUGUAUGACGCAGCUAUGCCAAGGGUGUCUUGCGGCCAUAUAAGACAUCCGGUAUACUGGUGGAUGGAGGAAAUUGCAAAACUCAGAAAAGAUUGCUUUCACGCUAGGAGAGAGGCUCAAAAAGCUCUGAAAAGAUAA